UUAACAUUGAUACUAAAUUGUUGUUCAAACCUAUUAUAAUACUAUAUUCUGAUUUUUCAGGUCAGAACUGGGCCCAAUGGAACGUUCAGAAGGUUAAUCCGAGCCAAGCAUUAAACAACACAAGCAAUAAACAAAUGGAGUACUCGGAGAGAAAAUUUCAAUGCAAUCUUUGUCUAAAGAGAUUCAAACAGAAUAAUCAUCUGAGAUAUCACAUGAAUAUACAUUCUGGAGAGAAACCAUUCAGGUGCAGUGUCUGCAAUGAAGGUUUUAAUGCGCCAUAUGGUUUAAAGAGACACGAGAAAAAACACAAACAAGCAGAAAAUAUAUAUCAUAUCUAAAAAUUAACUGUACAAGAUGAUGUGGUUUUGACUUUGCCGAAACUGAAAAACAACAUCGAUAAAUUGAAGGUUUUAAUGCGCCAUAUGGUUUAAAGAGACACGAGAAAAAACACAAACAAGCAGAAAAUAUAUAUCAUAUCUAAAAAUUAACUGUACAAGAUGAUGUGGUUUUGACUUUGCCGAAACUGAAAAACAACAUCGAUAAAUUGAAGGUUUUAAUGCGCCAUACGGAUAGAGACACGAGAAAAAACACAAACAAGCAGAG